AUGAUUUUCAGCCUGUUACAGGAAGACAGCACCAAAUUUAAAAACACGCCUUUUAAAAAACAGAGUAGGUCUAUAGAGUCGAGACCAAGGUUUUUGACGAUCUACAUGGCGAACUCGACCGUGAUUUGGGAAUUCUUGCUGCUGGCAAGCGGUGUCCCGCUGACUGCCCGCAAGGCCUUAGGGCCUGCCCCCAUCCAUUUGACAGGGUCGUGCGCAAAAAUUUUAAGUUUUUCAAAUUUUCUUUACCAAUCUAUGGCUGGCGAAGAAGAGAUUAUCUCCUACGUUGCUGACUACUUGAAGCGUAACGGUUACAAGAAGGCCGAAAGUGCUCUACGCAAGGAGGCCAAGGGAAAAAUCACUGAAGUCGAGGGAAAACUAGAGGACAAAUGGGUAGAGAGCAAAGAAGGCUCUGAGGAGGAUUCUUCUGAGUCCAGCUCCGAUGGUGAAUCCAGCAGUUCAGACUCAGACAGCGACUCCAGCUCUGAUUCUGAGGAUGCUUCGACUUCGAGCAGCGGUUCAAGCUCCGAUUCGGACUCGGACUCGGAUGAGGCGUCUGAGAAGGGCUCCGAUGACGAAUCGGCUAGCGAGGCUGGCUCUAGCUCUAGCUCUAGCUCUAGUUCUGAUUCCAGCUCUGACAACGAAGCUUCUGACUCCGACUCUGAUGGCGAAGAUUCGAGUUCCGGCAGUUCUGACGACGAGUCUGACCAAUCGGGCUCGGGCUCUAGUUCAAGCUCAGACUCAGACUCAGACUCCGAUUCAGCCUCCGAUUCAGACUCCGAUUCAGACUCCGAUUCAGACUCCGAUUCCAGCCCAGACUCCGAUUCAGACUCUAGCUCCGACUCCAGCUCCGACUCGGAAGACGAGAAGGUCGAGAAGAGCUCCAAGUCUAGCUCCGACUCAGAGGAUUCCAGUUCCGACUCUGGUAGCUCCAGCUCUGAUUCAGAGAGCUCCAGCUCCGACUCUGACAGCUCUGAGUCUGAGAGCUCCGAUUCAGAUUCAGACUCGAGCUCCGACUCGAGCUCGGACAGUUCAGACUCCGACUCCGACUCAGGGGCAGGCUCGGACGCAGCCAUGAAUUCAGAUUCAGACUCCGACUCAAGUUCUGAUUCCGACUCAAGUUCUGGUUCCGACUCAGAUAGCGAUUCCGAGGCCGAGAAGACCAAGAAGCGCAAGAAGAAUUUCAGCGAGCCUCCAUCGAAGAGAAGCAAGUCUGGAGCGGAAUCUCCGUCGUCGUCUUCCACUGCCUCGCAACCGGACAGCCCUAGUGAAUCUCCCAGGAACUCAAAGUCGCCAAUUCCAGCUCCGAAGGAGACCCUGAAGCCCGGUCAACGCAAGCAUUUCUCGCGCAUUGAGAAAGAAAAGGUUUCGUUCGAGGACAAGGCUCUAAUGGAUAAUGCAUACAAGGGCGCUGCCGGCACGUGGGGAGAGCAGGCCAACGAGCGACUUGGCAAGGUGAGGGGCAAGGAUUUCACGAAGAACAAGAAUAAAAUGAAGCGCGGCUCUUACCGUGGUGGAUCGAUCACCAUGGCCAGCGGGAGCUAUAAAUUUCAAGAUUGA